AUGAAUUCUCCAACCUCAAUAAACCCCUUCUGGGGCCCGCCAACGUCCCAUGCAAAUUUCUGCGAAGAGGUACAAUACCCACCACCACAAACACCAAUCAAUCCUACCACCUUCACUUACCCUAUCAACCAGGAUUACACCAUCACCCGCUACAUCGCCGAACUCAUCAACACCCUAACCAACAUCACCUACAUCCUCUACGCCCUCCACGGCCUCCGCCAUCUUCCCCACCAUCCUACCCCAUCCUUCUCGCGCCGCAUCCCAUACUACGGCCUCAUCGGCGUCUGCUCCGCGGGGUUCCACAUGAGCCUGAAGUAUCACACGCAGAUGGAGGCGGCUCCCCAUUCCUCCUCGGUUUACAUGGACGACCUGUUCAUGCUCCUGACCACGAGCCCGCUGCUCCACCGCGUGCUGACCGUCAACACCAGCGCACAGACCGCCUCGCGCGUGGCGCUGGCGCUGGGGGCCGCGCUGCUGGGCCUCGCGGCCGUGCAUAUCGCGACGGACGAGCUGGUCCUCCAUUCGGUGAGCUUUGUGGACAGUGUCACGGUUAUUGGGGUGCGGACGAUGCAGCUGAUCCAGCAGCGGACGGUCCGGGGGUCGGUGGCCAGGACGGAGCUGUGGCGGUUAGUGCGGUUUGGGGCUGUGAUAUUCAACGUGGGGUAUGCCGUCUGGCUGGUGGAUGGGUGGGGGUGCCAGGUUUUGCGGAGGUGGCGGGCGGCGGUGGGGGUGCCGUGGGCGUUCGGGCUGGAGUUGCAUGGGUGGUGGCAUAUCUUCACUGGGGUGGGCGCUUACACCUUGAUCGCGGUGAUUGACCAUCUGGUCUCUGGUGCGGAGCACGGGGAUCUACAGAGAUCUGUCGCGUGGCCGUUGAGUUCCAUGGUGGCGAGCAAGACACCAGAAGCAAAGGCAAAGGAAUGA